AUGGGAAUGCUGUACAGGAAGAGAUCUCUGCUUUUAAAAUUAGCAGUUAUAGUAACGACCGCCUGGUUCACGAUAGCCUUUUUACUCUAUACAGACAAUAGCUCUCCUCAAUCCGACGUGGUGGCGCUCCCUCUAGAUGGUGGACACAUCAGAAAAAACGAAGUAGUGCCCGAAAGAGUGAUUCCGUUUCAAGAAUCGCGAAGGACUUCGUCCAAAAGUGUAAAUAAAAACAAUAAUAAUUUUGACUAUAACGGUGUGCUUGUGCCGCCUGAUAACGUGGCAGGAGAGAUGGGAAAACCAGUUGUGUUGCCUACGAAUUUAUCAGCGGAUGUAAAAAAAUUAGUUGACGAGGGUUGGAUGAAAAACGCCUUCAACCAGUAUGCUAGUGACCUGAUUAGUGUACAUAGAAGUUUGCCUGACCCUAGGGAUGAAUGGUGUAAAGAAGAUGGACGUUUCCUUGAUAUCAGCAAGCUUCCCUCCACAUCCGUUAUCAUCUGUUUCCAUAACGAAGCAUGGUCGGUGCUACUUAGGACCGUUCAUUCGGUGUUGGACAGAUCUCCUAGAAGUCUCAUUGAAGAAGUUAUUCUCGUAGACGAUUAUUCGGAUAUGCCGCACACCAAAAAGCAAUUAGAGGAUUAUUGGAAAGAUGAGCCUAAGGUGAAAAUUGUGAGAGCGCAAAAGAGGGAGGGAUUAAUUAGGGCUCGAUUAUUAGGUGCUGACCAUGCCAAUGGCAAAGUCUUGACCUACCUCGAUUCACAUUGUGAAUGUACCGUGGGAUGGCUAGAACCGCUUUUGGAUAGAAUAGCUAGAGAUCCCACAACCGUAGUAUGUCCUGUCAUCGACGUAAUCGACGAUUCUACAUUAGAGUAUCACUACCACGAUAGUUCUGGCGUUAACGUCGGUGGAUUCGACUGGAACCUACAGUUCAACUGGCAUGCAGUUCCUGAACACGAAAAGAAGAGACACAAGAACACUGCCGAGCCUGUUUGGAGUCCUACGAUGGCGGGAGGACUAUUUAGUAUAGAUAAGGCAUUCUUCGAGAAACUUGGUACUUAUGACGAUGGGUUUGACAUUUGGGGAGGAGAAAACUUAGAAAUAUCUUUUAAGACUUGGAUGUGCGGUGGCACACUCGAAAUCAUUCCAUGUUCACACGUUGGACACAUUUUUAGGAAAAGAUCUCCAUAUAAAUGGAGAAGCGGAGUAAAUGUGCUUCGUAGGAAUUCCGUGAGACUAGCAGAAGUUUGGUUAGAUGAAUACGCGCAAUAUUAUUAUGAUAGGAUAGGAGGAGAAAAGGGAGACUAUGGAGAUCUCAGUAAAAGGAAAGAACUUAGAAAAAAUUUAGGAUGUAAGAGUUUUAAAUGGUUUUUGGACAACAUUUACCCAGAGCUAUUUGUUCCGGGUGCAGCUGUAGCUAAAGGAGAGAUAAGAAACUUAGGUGUCGGUGGCAAAACAUGUUUGGAUUCAGCUGCUAGACGAGCAGAUUUACAUAAACCAGCCGGUCUAUAUCCUUGUCAUCGACAAGGAGGAAAUCAGUACUGGAUGUACAGCAAAUCUGGGGAAAUUCGCCGAGACGAAUACUGCUUGGACUUCAGUGGUGGGCAGGACGUAAUUCUCUAUCCGUGCCAUGGUAGCAAAGGAAACCAAUUCUGGGACUACGACCAAGAACUGAAGCUUCUGCGACACGGCAGUAGCGACAAAUGUUUGGCCAUAAACGACAUUAAAACUAAACUGAUUAUGGAAAGGUGCAACCCCGACGUUCAACGACAGCAAUGGUCAUUAGAGAACUAUGAUAAAUCGAAAUUGUGA